AUGAGGGCACUUCUUGUUGGUUUGGGGAUAUUUCGAUGUUUCCGGGCACUGUGCUGUAAAGGACCGCCACCGCCAAGACCGGAGUAUGAUGUGGUGUGCAUCGGCCUGACGGGUGCCGGAAAGACCAGCCUGCUCUCGCGCCUCUGUAGCGAAGGAGGCGACGGAAUCGUUCCCACAACAGGUUUUAGCAUCAAAGCAGUGCCAUUUCCCAACGCCAUCUUGAAUGUAAAGGAACUCGGAGGAGCUGACAACAUCAAGAAAUAUUGGUGUCGCUACUACCAGGGGUCGCAGGGUGUCGUCUUCGUAUUGGACAGCGCUUCAUCAGACGAAGACCUUGAGGCGGCGCGUAACGAGCUGCACUCGGCCCUGCAGCACCCUCAGCUCUGCACGCUGCCUUUCCUCAUCCUCGCCAAUCACCAGGACAAGCCCGCUGCAAGGACACCAAACCAGAUAAAGAAGUAUUUUGAGCUGGAACCGCUGGCCCGGGGCAAGCGCUGGAUCCUGGACGGCAGCAGCACAGACCACGUGGACGCCAUAAAGGAAAGCUUCGCUCAGUUCAUUGGCCUGCUGGAAGACAAAGACGCGCCGGUGGCCAGGAUAUGA